CAAUUUUCCUUCCCUCUCAUUUCCUUCCCCUCUACACCACCCGAAUCCCUCUUAAGAACUUUCGGCCACCGCCUUAUCUAUCCCUUCCUUCUUCCUCACAACCCACAUGCCGUAUAUGCGAAUCGGAUAGGCCGCCAUUUGGAAAAUGCUUUGAGCGUGCUUAAAGCCUCCUCUUUUAGGGCUCUGUUUCUACUCAUAGACAAAAACACUAACCCUGUGGCCUAGUAAACGUAAGGACUAUAGUUAUGGCGUCGUCUGAGAACUUGGCAAGUAUCGAACCUUGGGCCUUCCGUCCGGCCUUUGCGGAUUCGUGGAUGUCCGAAGCUUUUGCUCGUGACAACGACACCCUCACCAAGGCUCUCCAGAAAUCUUUCUGCGGUGCUAACUUGGACUUCCUGCAGACCGAUACCAUCUCUCCCUUCCUCAACCUCAUCAAGCCCGACACGGCGCCCACCACCCCUACCGUCUCAAGUCUCUCUGGCGGCUCCGAACCAGAAACGGUGGCCCCCCAGAAACGCCAGCGUAACUCGAUUCCGGCGGCACAGGCGGGAAAGGUUUCGAAACGGAAGUCUCGCGCUUCGAAGCGGUCCCAGACGACCUUCAUCACGGCGGAUCCGGCCAACUUCCGUCAGAUGGUACAGCAGGUGACCGGCGCGAGACUCGGAAACUCGCAGACGCCGGUGGUGCCGAUCCUGAAACCAGAACCCCAGAGACCCGGCAGCAGGUUGCCGGGGCCGGGAUGCCUACCGACCCUCGAUACGUCAGCUUUUUUGCUGGACCAUCACCAGCAGCAGGCGAUGCGACCCAACUCGGCUGCUGGAGCCGUAACUGGGGUUUCUAGUGCUGGCCAACUCUCUUUCGGGCCAAACAUGGGAUUAGCUGAUGGUAGCGGUAUUGGUGGCUUAGAUUUCGACACUUUUCCGAGCUUUCCCACUUUAGAGUCGUGGAAAGUUAUGUGAAACUUCCAGGAUUAAAUUUUUUUUCUUUGUUUUUUUUUGGGUUCAUCAGAUAUGAAUAUGUUCCUUUAAUGUCUCUUUUUGAUCUUUUGGGACCCAGGAGUACUGCUAGUGUAGCAUAUUGGGGGGUGGAUCUGUUUAUAAAUGUUAGGGGAGACCAUGUUUUGGAUAGCUCUGGUUUCUGUUGCAUAGUUUCUCCUUGUUGUCAGUGGUGUACCGGUGAUAUGGGAAUAUCAUGGAUGACUCAUGAUCUUGUUUAUUCCAAAA